AUGGCUACAUCGGACGCCCCGCCGCAGGUCUGGGACGCCUCGACGCAGACGUUCCACGGCGGACAGGACUGGCAGUUCCUCGACAACUUCACCGAGGACUUCAGCGUGACGACGAAUGGGCUGGGCACGCCCGCGCCCGCGCUGGAAGCAGCGACAAUGGCCAUGCGCACCGUGCACCACUAUCCCCCCGCUGAUUUCCAGCCGGCGAUCAGUCACUUGGCUGCGUUUCUGUGGCCCGAGACGUGGCGGCAGAACGCGUCGCUGCUACUCAUGGGCAACGGAGCCAGCGAACUCAUUGACCUCGUGAUUCGCAGCGUCGCUCGUGGUGGCUGGCGGCCAGGGGGGACGCUAACGCAGUACAAAGAGUACGAGCGCUCGAGUCAAGCGGACGGGCGCGAGACGCUGGCUUGGAACGACCGGACGGCAGCGCUCACGUGUGUCGUGAACCCAACGAACCCGACGGGGGACUACAUGGACGUGGAGGAGAUGAAGCGCUACAUUGCGACCAAUUGUCCCGAUAAUCACACGAUCAUUGUGGACGAGAGCAUGCAGCCGUGGGUCGGGCCCCACUGGCGGAAUGACUCGCUCAUGCACCAGCGCGAGUGGGUGAAGCAGCUCAGUGAAACCCGCAACAUCCAUGUGUGGGUCAUGGUGAGCUGGACGAAGAUCUGGUCCUGCACGGGGCUCCGGAUCGGCAGCGUCGUGGCCCCCACGCCUGCACAUGCAGCAGCGAUCAAGGCCAAGCAAGUGCCGUGGUCUGUCAAUUCCAUGGCACUUGUGUUCGUGUCUGCUGUAGUCAAGGACGAAGCAUACCUGCAAAAGACGUGGGAGGUCACGCCCAAGUGGCGUGCACACGCCAUUGACGAGCUAACAAAGCGCUUCCCGUCAUGGGAAUGCUUUGGCAAACCUUUCUUGUCGUGGAUCUGGCUGGAUACCAAGUCCGUCGACACGUGUGAAGCAGCAUGCAAACUUGCGAAGGACCACGGCGUGCCCAUUCGUAGCGGAAAGCCUGGAUACAAUCUCCCCACUUUUGCACGCAUAGCCGUCCGCAGUCCGGACCAAAUGGCCGUGCUGCUCAAGGCGUGGGAGACGCUUCAGUGA